UGCGUGUGGUGUAGUCUACAUCGGCACACAGUGCGGGCAAGUCGGCGCGGCCGGCGGCGCUCAGCGAUGGAGCCCCCGCGCUUCCCGGAUGCCCCGCUGCCCACGGUCCGGGCGGCCCCCGGAGCCCCCGCCUGCCUCUGUCUGCCGCUGCCUGCAGGCACGCCCCCCUUCCGCUACUCAUGGAGUCGAGCUGACGCCACAUUGGACGGCCGGUUCGCCAUCUCCGACGAUGCAGGGGGCGUCCGCCUCACCAUCUCUUCAGCACAGACCACCGACACUGGAGUAUAUACCUUGCAAGCGACCAAUGCCUCCGGCGCUGCCACGGCCCGAGCGCGCCUCGAGGUGUCAGCCGACGAGGCGCCCAGCGGCACCGACCCGCCGACCUUCCUACGCCGUCUGCAGGACCUCACCGUGCGUGUCGGCACCAGGACCCGCCUGCUAGUUGAGAUACUCAGCGACACGCACUGCAAGGUGACCUGGUACCGCAACGAGCGUCGCCUCCUUGAAGCCGAGCGAGUGUCCCUGGUGAAGGACGGCAACUUCUGGUGCGCAGACGUGGCGGCCGUCAGCGUGGACGACGCCGGCCGCUGGACGUGCACGGCGGAGAACGCCGGCGGGCGAGCCUCGUGCUCCGCGCAUCUUAAUGUGCUGGUGCCGAAGGCCUACAAGCGUCCAGAGUUCGUGGAGGAGCUUCGGGCCAUCCUCACGGAGCAGGGCACCGUCUCGCUGGAGUGCAAGGUGGUGGGGGUGCCCACGCCCGUGCUCAGGUGGUUCAAGGACAGCCGCGAGAUAAAGGCCGGCGACGUGUUCGCUCUGACCGCCAACGCUGAAGACCCCACGUCCCUGGGCACCUACACGUGUGAGGCUGUCAACUGCAUGGGCAGGGCCUACUCCUCCUCCAAGGUCCACGUGAUGGGCCGCGCUGGCGACGGAUCUCGACCGGCUUCAAGCCUCUCGCUCGACCCACCGCCGAUCUUCACGACGGAGCUGGUGCAGCAGCACGCCAAGAUCUGCGAGCCGCUGACCCUAGCCGUCCAGCUCGUGGUCCCGCCCUGGCCGCGCAGCGUCGUCUGGUACAACAAGGAGGGCAAGAUCGAGAAUGGAGACAGGUACCACGUGCUGGAAGACGGCGUGGGCGGCUACAUGCUGGAGAUCCCCUCGGCCGAGUACCCGGACGAGGGCGAGUGGAAGUGCGUGGCCACCACCAGCGGCGGCCGCGUCGGCAUCUCCUCCUGCUAUGUCACCAUGGACGUGCCGAAAAACUACCGGAAGCCCCGAUUCAUGGAAAACCUGCAGGCCGUGCUCACUGAAGAGGGCCUGGUCUCCUUCGAAUGCAAAGUAGUUGGCUUCCCCACGCCAGUCCUCAGCUGGUUCAAAGACGGCCAGGAGUUGAAGCCUGGUGACGUGUACCAGCUAACAGGAACCAAUAGUUUAGGAUCCUAUUGCUGUAUUGCCAGGAAUUGCAUGGGUCAAGCUCGCAGCUCGGCAGAGCUCACGGUGGAAGACAUUCAAAAUCAAUUGAACGAAGAAGAGAAACUGCAUCUGUUUUCAAAGAAUCAGGCGCCGAAUUUCAUCACUGGUUUGAAAAGCGUCGAGGCAAAAAUCGAUGAGCCGUUUCGCUUUACUGUUAAAGUGGCUAUCCCACCGGAGCCAUCAGUUCUUUGGUACAGGGAUGACCAACCAGUUGACGAAUCAAGUCGCAACCAUCUGGGAACAGAAGAAAAGGGCAUCUUCUUUCUCGAUAUCCAGAACCUGGAGUUUCUGGACCAAGCUGAAUGGAAGUGUGUGGCCAUGAAUGACUUUGGGCAUAGUGUUACAUCCUGUUUUCUAAAACUAAUUAUACCUAGGCAUUAUAAAAAACCUCGAUUUUUGGAAAAUCUACAAGCAAUUUUAUCAGAAGAAGGAGCCGUCAAUCUUGAAUGUAAAGUAAUUGGAGUGCCACAGCCAGUUUUGAAGUGGUAUAAGGAUGGGGAAGAACUGAAGUCUGGGGAUAUCCAUAGAAUUAUUUCUGGUCAAGAUGGUACUUGUUGUCUUGGAACUUACACGUGCGAAGCCCAAAAUUGUAUGGGAAUUGCUGCUAGUUCUGCAUCAUUGCUAGGAUUUGAAGAUUCUAUGAAAGCAAAAGCAAAAAAAUUGGAGGAACAGGCUCUACAGAGAAAUUUAUCACUUAGUACAAUUCAUGAAGAAAGAACUUCACAAAUGUAUGACACUCCUGUCGGGGAUAUUACACUGGAUGAAAAGGGAGAAAUUUCGUUUUCUUUUGAUGGUAAAGAAGUAUCUGUUUCACUGUAUGAAACACCUGAUCUUACUGAAGAAGAAGCAUUACAAAUCGUCGAAAUGUAUGCUGAUCAGCUUUCUGAAAAUGUUACGGAACAUAAUGUUGUGGAAUUGCCGCCUCUCAGGUUUGUAAAGGAAACAUCUACUUCUGGUAAUUUGUUAAUGGAAGCAAUUAUUAUUGAUGUCUCACCUGAAUAUUUCGCAUCAACGGAGGAAGAUUUACGUACUGAAGCCGAUGUUGAAGAUAUAUCCAUUGCAGAUGAAAAUGGGCCACCACAGUUAUCAUUAGAUACGGAUAUUGGUGGCGAAGAUUAUUUAGAAAAAACUAUGGCGUUGUUGUCGGAUGAGAAAUCUGACUUACCCAAAAAGAGCUUGCGAAAGAAAUCAGACUCCCAAAGAAGUGUAGAAGACUAUUUCAGUCUCUCUAGAGACCAAUCUUUUUCCGAAGAAAAGAGAGAUGAUGAUACUCAAGUAAUAUCUGAAACAGAAUUAAUGAGUUUCGCGAGUGCAAGAAGCUCUACUAAACAAAAAUCACGUACAUCUAAACAAUCUUUUGAAGAAGCACAUGAUUUAGCAGAAACACCUAAGCCUAUGGAAUUUAAAGAAGAAUCUCAAAAACGACCAUUAGAAUCAGAUUCACCUGUAACUCCUCGACCAAAGCGUGAACGUCGAACAAGUCGAAGUUCGAGAAGAUCAAGUUCUGGCAGUGAAAAGUCAUUUAGUAAAUUAAAGGCAGAAGAAGCCAGGGAACAAAUAACUGCUAUAGAGUCAUUAGCAAAAGAAUCAAUGCUGUUGCCAACAAUCACGGAUGAAGAAUUCAGAAAUAAAACGACGUUAAUGAGCACUUUACUGUCAAAAGUUAUUAAUGAUGUCCAAAUUGUGGAAAGGGAUAUCAUAUUAAAAUCAGAACUUAUGUCAUCAGCAGCUACGGCAUCCAGAAGUUUAGAAAUAAUUAGCAAUUUAAUAACACCAUUAUCAGAAAUUCAAAGUGUGAGUGAUGCUAUAAAAGAUUUAGCAGCGGAUGUUAAAGAUUUGUCCUCUUCCAUGUUUAACAGAUUACCGCCGUCAUUAAAAAAUUUACAACAGUCACUGGCUAUGAUAGAAAAAUGUAUAGAGGUUGAAAGUGAUAGCAAGACUUUAGUUAAAAAAACUUGUGUUGCUUUUAUUGAAACCUGUGGAGAAGACAUGCAACAACUAUUGAAAGAAAUAAAAUCAAUAACGAAAACCAGGUACUUAAAUUUAGACGAAAAAGUCGUAUCCGAAAUUGAGAUGCUUGCAGGUGAAAUGACGACUGUGCUUAAAUUAUCUGCAGACACCAUAAAAACAAAACAAUUGUUAAGUGAAGCAAGUGAAAUAAAAAUUGAUGAACCGACAUUUGAAGCAAAGCAUUUAAGAGAUACACAAAAAGCAGUGUUUGAGUUAAGAAGUCCGGUUAAUUCAUUGCUCUGUAUAGCCGAGAGUGCUGAAACUGGUAAAAUAAUCGACGUUUCAAAAGUCAAAACCAGUGAUAUUAUUAUGAAUGAUAUGUCUGCAUCAAUCCAGGAUCUUCAAACGGCCUUGGAGCAAAUUGAGUCUUUGUCUGUCAAAGAAUCAACUACAGCACUCCAUAAAUAUAACACUGAAAUUAUUGAAACAGUAAUGGAGUCAGUGUUAAAAUUACGGAGCUCUUUUGAGUUACUGUCAACAGAAACUCGAACUGAAGAAAAUAAAGAUGUUCUAAAACAGACGUUAACUUCGAUAAAGCAAAACCUAAGUGAAAUUUCAUCUCACAUAGAUACAAUUGAAAAGAACGUUGGACCCCUAGAUAUUCUCCAGAGUGAUAAUAAACUGGAAGUUCUUCAAAAAAUGGCACAGAUCCUUAUUGCACUGGAGAACAAUCUGCCAAACUUUGAAACAUUACCCGAAAUAAAAAACCAUAUGGAUAUAUUCCAUAAAAACUUGACAAAAGUGCUUGAAAACGUAAUUGAGAGUAACGAUGGGAAGAAAUACUUUGCAUUAUUGCAAAUCUGUGAUGCAGUAAAUAGAAUGAAUACUUCUAUUAAAACUAUAGAUACUGAUAUUUUACUAUCGUUAGCAAGUCUGAGCAACACAGUUAAGAUAAUUCAAGAUCAUAUUAUUUCGAACGUGUUCCAAUCAGAAUUAAAUUGCGCAAUGUUGAGUAAUAUUGCUGAUAUACUUGUCGGAAUUCAAGAAGCUAUAAAUCAUGCCGAAGAAAUAAGCAUCAAUGUUGAUUCCGAACAUCUGCAGGAUCUAUCUAUUAAAGAAUUUGAAAUUAAUAAGGCGAAUGUAAUUGUGGAACAUAUCAAUCAAACAAUUUGUGCUAUAACAAAUGUCAAGUCUAUGGAAGCUACAGCUGAGUUAAAAACUGCAAUAGCACCUACUUUAGAAAGCAUUUGUCCAAUUUUAGAGGAAUUAAAACGAUAUGUAGCAACAUCUAGAGUAGAAAAAACAGAAAUGGAGCAUGUUUCUGCUAUGUCAGAUUUUUCUAUGGCUGAGACACUAGCAGCUCCUCUUUGUGAAUUGAAUCAAAAUAUAAUAAUACUAAACCAAAUGAUAAUGGAAAACAUUGAACAUAUAAAAGACAGUGGUGAAAUUGUUUCUACUAUUGCUGAACCAUUACAUGAAUUGCAUAUAACAUUAGAAGUUUUGCAACAAGAUGUGAUAUCACAAUAUGGGGAAGAACUGACACCCUAUGAAGUGAGCGUUAAUAUUGCCAGCGCAGUCCAAAAUCUGCAAAGUUGUAUCUUAAUGAUUCAAGAUCAAGCCGGUAUAGAAGGCAUUGAUGAAAUGUCGACAUUAGAAGAUGUUUCAGGUUUAAAGACAACCGCAGAUACUAUACCUGAAGAAUUUUUAUUUGCUUCGUCUGUCGCAGAAACACCUGUAGAACAAGGAUUAGUCUCAAUGGACGAAAGUUUACCACUGUCUGAAACUGCGCAAGAAUUAAAUAUACUCAAUGAACAUUUAACAAUUUUGAAAACCCCAGAAAUAUUAGAUGCUCUAGAUACUUUAUCUGAAGUUAGUGAUUAUUCCAGUUUGAAAUCUGUAGCUGUUGGUUUAGGAGAACUAUAUUCAGGCAUUGAAGAAAUAUUACAACCUAUUGUAAUGGAAAGUUCAACUGAACUAUCAAACUUAAUUAAUCCUUCUAAACUUACAAGUAUUGCGGUGCCUAUGCAGGAAUUGCAACAAUAUCUGUCGGUGUUAGACAUAAAUAACAUUCCAAUUUACGAACACAUUUUAGAAAUGCCGAUAGAAAAGAUACAUUCCGUGUUCCAAAGCAUAACACAAUUUAAAGCGCAAUUAGAAAAAUGCCUUCAAGUCAUAUUUCCGGCUAUGGAAAAUGCAGAUAAAGAUGUUGAAACUGUUCACAAAGUUGAGUGUUUGAGAGAAGUGUGUGAAAAUAUGAAGGAAACAAUUGAAAGUACAACUUUAGCAAAUGAACAUAAAGAGACACUGGAAAGCCUAGGAACAUGCGUACAAAAUUUAUUACAAGCUACAGAAACGUCAAACGAACUUAAGAUAGAGAAGGUAAAAUGUAUAGCUCAAGAACUGUAUGAUAAAAUACAAAAUGCAGAGGAAGAUAUGAUUCAAUUUACACCAAUGACUCCUGAAAAGCUGGCCCAAGAGGCCAAACUAUUCCAAAGUGUGAGUGAAGUGGAAAAAAAUAUUGCAGUUCUUGAGCAAUUUGACUUCGUAGAUGUAUCUAAAGUUUCAGACAUUACACCCUGUACAACACCACAGUUAGCAAUGGAACUUGAAGUAGACUCAUUGUUGCAAAUUGAUGAUGUGGUCGAAAAUGCUGUUAAUGUUCUGCAAAAUUCAGUGAAAGAAAUGCCUGUAGCAGAUUUAAUGAUAGUCGAAGACUUUUUCAAGACUUGUAAGAACGAAUUUACAAUACUCAGAUGUUUGGUGGCGAAACCAGUCAGUCAUAAAAAGCUUAUCAGAAUUCUUCAAGAGUUUACAAAUCUUCAGAUAUCAAUAAAUGAUUUUAAAAUAAAAUGUUUGGAUCUUAAUUUAACAGAAGAAAUAAAAAAUAACCUAGUUACUUUCAUGAUACAUGCUGACGACUGUUUAAAAAAUGUUCAAGAGUCCCUAAUAAGAAUAAUUGAUUCUCAAUCUGAACUAUUAUUUAAAAAACCAGCUGUUAAACUUGAUAACAACAUCAAAAAAUUACACGCGAGCAUAAAAGAAGAAAAGGAAUUUGUGGUGAAAAACAUUGUGGAACACUUCAUUGCGCUAUCUGAAAUAGCAAUAAUCUCUGUGGAAAAUAUAAACAGGGUUAUCAAAGAUGAACUAACAAAUCCCAAUUCAAUUCAAACAAAGCCUGAAGAAAGAAAAUUAGUUCAAUAUGUUGAAGACUUGGAAAUAUUUUUAGAAAAUGAAAUCAGAUCUCAGUCUGUAGAUUCUCCUAACAAACAAAUGCUCUCAGAACUUCUUGACUGUCUUCACAAACACCAAGAUUACAAAGAUGCCAUAGGAUCUGGAAAAUCCCUUAUAAUUAUUAAAUGUCUCGCUGAAUGUUCAGAGAUUUUACAAUUGAAGGUACUGAAAUCAACGCUUACACCGGAGACUGUAGAAGAAAUGGAAAUAAAAGAAGGUAUACUCAAAACUAUUCUCACGGAAAUGCUGGCCCCAUUGCAAGCAUUCCAAUCUCAGAUUAAAAAUAUUCAACAAAAAAUAGUAUCAGAUCCACACGAUGAAUCUGCUUCUCUCGAUAUUUCGACAACUGAAUCUUUUGUUCACACAAUGACUGAAAUUCACAAAGAAAUUGCCCAAAUAGAACAAAAUAUAUCUGAGGGUUCUGCAGUAAAUAAUGAAGAUAUUUCACUGCUAAUGGAAGUUGAUAAAGAAAUACAUACAAUCCAAGAUAGCAUUAAAGCAAUUGACAAUACACCUUCAGCUGAGAAAGUGAGAGAAAUUUCCAAACCAAUCGAAGAUAUUGAAAAAACAUUACACUCCAUACUUUCGUCUGAACUUGCCCGCACUGAAAGUAAGGAUAAACUCGUGACAGCGGAAUCAGCAGAUCUCUCACAAGUUUUAGAAAAAUAUGUUUCUCCGGAAAUAGUACAGGCAUUGGAAGAAAUAUCUACUGUUAUUGAAGUAAAUGAAUUAAAACAAUCAAUAGAAUUGGCUCGUGAGCUGAAAGACAACAUUGCUACGAUAAAUUCAGAAACAAAAAGUGAAAUUAUUGAAAAAGCUAUAAAUACUCAGAUAAUUCUGGAGCAAGAGUUACAAAAUGCCUUGUCUGUUGUUCAAGUUCAGGCAAUACAAAAUACUGAAAAAUUAUGUAACGUUGUUGAUGCCAUAGAAUUGAAGAAAGUAAAUGAUGUUGUGGCUGAGCUUCAAGCGGAAGUUUCAUAUGCAAUAAUGAUUUCGCCCGAGCUGAAAAUAUCUAAUGCCGCGGAUGAACAUCUAGAAAUUUCACCAGCAGAUAUCAUACCUGAAGCUUCAACUCAGGUAUUUGAAGAAGUAAAAAGCGAAACAAAUUUAAUAUGUGAUCUCGAAGUAGAAACAAGUAAAAAGGAAUCUGUUAAAACUACAACUGUUACUCAAGAAGGAGAAAUAGCUGAAGUGGUGGAAACAGUUGCUUUGACGGAAGAUAUUACAGAACAACAUAUUACCCCUGAAACUGUUGCCCUUAUUCAAGAAAUAGAACCGGUUAUUGUUGAAGAAGUUGUAAGUUCAAUGAUGCCAGUUCUUAAAUCAGAAGACAUAAAUGAAAACGUUGAAGUUCCAGCCAGACCUAUUGCAGGCUUAAAAUGUGACACUCUGUUAGUAUAUAAUAAUAUAGAAAAAUACAUUUCAAGUCCAUUUGCUGGUUUAGUUAGAGAACUUUCUACGCUAGCAAAUACAGAAGAAUUAAUAAAAUCGAUUGAUUUAGCUUGUGAACUGCAUGGUCAGUUAGGUGAUGUAAAAACAAGUGAAGACUUUGAUAUUAUGCCAGUACAAACUGCACAUGAGCUGUACUGUCUAUUGUCAACGGUAAAAGCAACACUAUUAAAAUAUACUGUAGAUUUGUCACAGUCAGUUCGUAUUGAAGUAUUAAAUGAAUUGUCAUUUUUAAUUGUGGAACUACAGGCUAAUUUACUAAAUAUCAUCAAAAUAAAUAAGCAAGCUAUAGAAGAUAUCAGCAAAUUCAAAACUGAUGACUCAAUUUUAGACCAGAUAAGUAAAUUUGAAAGUGAAAAUGAGUCAAAAAUAGAUAAUAUUUCAGAAAAUAUACCAAAUAUUGAAGAUACUUCAAAAUCAGAUACUUUGAUAAAUCAACAAGCAUCAAAUAGCGAAAUAGAAACCAGAAGUAUGCAAAGCCUUGAUAACUUGGCUGAGUCGGAAGCAACAGUUGAAUAUACAGAUACUGUCAAGCAGUCUAUGGAAACACUUCAAAAACACUUACAAAACUACACUUCAGACAUAACACAACUACUCACAGAAGCUUGUGAUGAAUCUAAUAUGAAGGAAAUUAAGCAAUCGUUAAAAUUUGCACAAGAACUAUAUUCUGAAAAUGUUAUUGGUGAAUCUUUACAAAUGUUAAGUUUCCCAAACUUAACUGUUGCACAAAAACUAUAUACUGCGUUAAGUGUUGUUUUAAACCAACUGUCUGAAUCAGUCCAAUGUUUGCCGAGUGAUAUUGGGAUUAACAAUGUGCAAAUAAUUAAAGCUGAUGCAGUACAACUUAUUGAUAGUUUGGCAUCUAUAAUAACACCAGUUAAAUCCGUGGAAUACCAACAAUUAUCAGAAAAUAUGAAUAAGACUGUUAUUCAUCCAAUUGAAAAUAUACAACAGAAACCAGAAAUUGCAAUAUCAAAUUUAAAAACGGCGCAAUCUGUAGAUAAUUCACUUAAUUUUGAUAUCUGCGAGAACAAUGAAGAAAAUCUUAUUCAUGAAGAAGCUGCGCCAGCAAGCGUUGAAGUUUUUGAGGCUGAUGAUAAUCAUUCGGCAAUUUUAUUAGGUAAAUCGGAAAUAGAAUAUAUUGAUCCAAUAGAAAUUGAUACAUUUCAUGAUCAAAUAUCAGACUUAAUAGAACCUCAAUAUGAAACAACUAUAAAUACGUCAGAUGAAAUUAAAAACGUUCUUAUAGUACAGUCUGAUAAAAAGGAAUUUGGUGUUACUGUGGAUCAUCAAAAUAAUUUAAUAAAUAAUGUGGAACAAAUUUCAAGUCAAAAUUUACAAGAAUAUUCCGAUCAAAAUGAAAAUAUAUCAUCAGUCGAAAAUUUACAAGAAUGUUCCCAUAAAAAUGAGUUUCCGGUUGACAUUAAUAUAGGAGAAAUAUGCACAAAACCAAUAGAUGAAUUAGAAACACGUUUCGAUAAGUUAAAAGAAACGCAAAGUACAGAGGCCGGUAACAAAACUGAUGAUUUUACAAAAAUCGAAAAUGCAUCAGUUGAAAUCGAAGAAAGACAACCACCAGCUCAUUUAAUCUUAGAAGACUCAAAACUCCAUGAAUUAUCUUACGAAAAGGAUGAAACUGCUGAAUUGAUUGAAUCUAAUGAAAAAUCUGUGGAAGCAGAAUCAAUAAAUAAUGGUACAAAACAAAUUAUUCUACUACCUGAACAAGAAUUAUCAUCCUUGACUGCAGCCAAUCAAAUAAUUACCGACACACUCAGUGAUAAAAAACUACCGAUGUCAUCUGUAGAUAAAUCUCCUGUCUUCACAACGGAGGAAGACAAUGAUAUAAUAAAUGAGAAUACAACACUCAACUGCACUAUAGAAACAACUGAAAAAUGUGAUACCUUAAAGACUGAGGAAGUAAUGGAUAAAUCCAUUGUGACUCUUCUACAACAUAUUGAUGAAUUUGUAUCAUCAGAAAUAACAGAUGUUGUCGAUGAAUUGUCGAAAACCGUACAAGACAAACAAAUAACUGAGACUUUCGCCAUUGCCAGAGAAUUACGAGAGAAGAUUGAGGCUUCUGAAAUUAUAAAUGUAUCUGAAUUAAAUGGUGAACUAUCGGAAAGUUUGAAAGUAGCGCAAGCACAGCAAGAAGCAUUAGCUCAACAACUCCAAUCAUCAUUGGAGGUGCUCCAAGAGUAUGCAUUGAAUAGUGCCGAUGAAAUUAUAUCAUCGGUUUCUCUUGACUCUUUGAAAAAAGUAUCAGAUGCUGUGAUACAUCUUCAAGACGAUUUGAUAUCAGCAAAUAUAGUUCAAAUCAAACAAGAAUUUAUGCCUUUACAAUCUUUGCCGGAUAAAUCUGAGGAUACGGCUUCAGUACAAUCUGAAGGUGAAAAUACCAUUCAACGUCUAGACGGCUUACUUCAAGAAGUUAGUGAUAAAAUCGAUUUAUCAUCUACAGACAAAAAUUCUGAAACUACUGAGUCUUUGCGUGAUUCUUUAGAUGAAGUACAAACAGUAAUUAUUAAGUUACGUAGAGAUUAUGAUGGUAUUGAAAAUGAAUCACUAAACGAAACAUUAGAAGAUUUAGAAUGUAGUGUAAGAAGUGUACAGUUACAAAUUAAUGAAGAUAGUCCACCAGAAUUACUAAAAGAAGCAUGUGCUACUCUGCAACUUCUAGUCAACAACAUUCAUGAAACGCAGGAGGUACAAUUUAUUGAAACUCUCACUAAAGGAGUAAAUAAGACUGAUAAAAUGCUUGAAAAGUGCUCAGAUGAAACACAAGAAACUGUAGAUUUAUUGGAAACUGCAACAGUGUUAGACGUAAAAGACUCCAGUCAAUUAGGUAAUAUAAUAUCAAACAUAAACUUUUUGAGGGAGACUUUAAAAUCUCUUCGACUUAGUUUCUUAGGAAAUGCGGAAUCAUUGAUAGAAAAAGGAAUUGAGGUGAAUUUGAAUCUAGAACAAAUUGAAGAGAAAGUUUUCUCAUUGGAAAAAGAUCUAGCUUCAGAGGAAAGCAUCAAAACAGAAACCAAAGCAAGAAUCAAUUCUGCCAUCCAUGCCAUUUUUGGAAGUAUUUCUAACAUGCGAAGUACAAUAUUAAGUAUUCAAAAGCAAUACAUGUAUGAAAAUUAUGGAAAACCCUCAGAAAAUUUACAUAAAUCGGUAAAAAUUGUAUCAAAUUUUGGAAAAACUGAAGAUAAUGUUGAGUUGAAAAGAAAAUGGAAAAAUCUUUCAGUUUCACUGCGAAACGUGAUAAUUCACUUUGAAGACAUAAAGUUUUAUGUAAAUUUAGAUAAGACUGCAAGGAUACCAAGCGACUCUGGACUGACAAAAUGUGUGCUGGAUGAACUAAAAUCAAAUAUUACUGAAGCAAUUCGGCCUCUUACAAAAUGUAUUGAAGAAAAUACUAUUGAAAAAAUAGACCACCUUAUUCACUGUUUGGCCACUAAUAUUUUAAAUAUAGAUUCUAGAUCAACGUUAGAAGUAAAAGAAAAAAUUCCAAUAUUCAAAAAUAUUGCAUCUCAAAUUUUAGAUGUUACCGAAACCUUGCAAAAUGAACUGCAAUCACUCAAAGAAAAAGGUGUUCCUUUAGUUGAAAGUACAAAUAUAUCGGAACUGGACAAAACAGAUACAAUUAAUAAUACUCAACAAUCAAACAAAGAAAGCAAUGCUAGUGUUGAAAACUUAUCUAGUGAUAUGGUUAAGGCAGAAACUACUGAUAUAGAUAAAGACACAGAAGACUUACUAUGUAUAAGCUCAGAUACUAAAGAUUUGACUGUGUUCGAAAAAGAAACAAAAACACCCUCUGAUGCUACCCUGGGCCAUUCUGAAAGCAAACUCAUAAAAGCCGAAGAAUCAAUCACCAAUGAAAAGGAUGAAAAUUAUUUAAGCCAAGCCAAUGAUGAGAAAGAAGGUAUAGAAGAAGUACCUCAAGUAGAAGAUGUAAUACAAAAAAUAGAAAAUCUUGAAUCCGUUCCUUCAACUAGUAAAGUAUUAGAGUCAGUUAUCGAUAGCAAUAUAAAAGAAAUAACAAAUGUGAAUGAUGAAAGCAUUAUGACAGAUAUUGAGACAUCUUUAUUGACAACAGAAGAACAAUCAAAUAUUGGUGAAAUAAAGAGUGAUGAGAUAGCUGAUAUAGAAAAAGUACCUCCAGCAGAAGUUACUAUACAAAAAUCUGAAUCGGUUCCCUCAACUAGUAAAAUAUUAGAAACUGAUAUUGAAAGCGAUAUUAAAGAAAUAACAAAUGUUAAAGAUGAAAACAAUAUGGCAGAUCUUGAGACAACUUUAAAUACUGGUGAAAUAACGAAUGAUGAGAUAGUAGGUAUUGAAAAAGUAUCUGAAGCAGAAGUUACUGAAGAAAAAAUUGAAAAAUCGGAACCUGUUCUCACAACGAGUCAAAUAUUAGAAACAGAUAUUGAAAGCGAUAUAAACGAAAUAAAAAAUGAAAAGGAUGAAAAAAAUAUGGUAGAUCUCAAGACAUCUUUAUUGACAAUCGAAGAACAAUCAAAUAUCGGUGACAUAAAGAAUGAUGAGACAGCCGGUAUGGAAAAGACAUCUCAAGCAGAAGAUGCUAUGGUAAAGUUAGAAAAAACAGAAUCGGUUCCCACAAGUAGUAAAAUAUUAGAGACAGAUAUUGAAAUUGAUUCAAAAGAAUCAAAUAUUAAUGUAAAUCAUGAAAACAACAUGGCAGAUCUUGAGACAUCUUUAUUGACAAGAGAAGAUCAAUCAAAUAUUGGUGAAGAAAAGAAUGAUUUAGAAAAAUCUAUAAAUCUUGAGACAUCUUUAUUGACAAGAGAAGAUCAAUCAAAUAUUGGCGAAGAAAAGAAUGAUUUGGAAAAAUCUAUAAGUAUUAUAAAAGAUGACAAUGCUCCAUCAGAUAAACCAGUUGAAGUGCUACCGUCUACGAGUAAAAUUACUGAGGUACCAGUGUCUGUAAUAAAAAGUGAUGUGUUGUCUAUCGAUCCAAAACUAACUGAAUCUAUAAAUGAAGAUUUAGAAAGUGAACCCCCCAAAAAAGAACAAUCGGAAUUAAUUGAAGAAGAAAAACGUGAAUGCCAUACAGAGCAAGCUAAUAAAGAACUUUCAGAACCAAUCGAAAUUGUACUUAAUGAACAUACCAAUGUGGCAUUAGCUGGUGAUAUAGUUCCAUCAUCAAGCCAAUUAUCAGAAGAAAAUGUGAAAUCUAGCAAUAUUGAAGAAGAACAACGUUUUGGAGUAAUUGAAUCUGAAACAAAUGAAAGUAUUUUGAGAACAGAUGAUAAGAAAGAAGAAAUUGGGGAGGAAAGUAUUAAUGAAAACAUUAUAAAAACAGAAGCAGAUGUAGUUGUAGAGCCAAACAGAGAGACAAUGAUAUUAAAAACAGAAGAAAAGGAAGACGUACAUGAAACCAAAAUUGAGAAAAGUGAAAACGGUGAUGCUAUAUCCAUAACCUCUGAACCAGAAAUCGACAAUUUACCUGAAAAAGAAAAAAUACCAAUAAUAUUGGAAAAGGAAUUAACUACACGUGAUAUGAAAUGUAUUGAUGAAAUUGAAUCUAUUCCAUCUACAAGCAAAGAUCAUCAGAAAACUACACUUGAGGUUGCCGAAAUAAAGGAAGAAAGUACAGAGUCCACAGAAAAUGUUAUAGUUCAUGAACAAAAUAAACUAGAAUCAUCACUCAAUUUCACAGAAAAUGCAGAAAAAGUACAAGAGUUAGGUUUAGGAAAGAAUGAAGAAACAAAAACUGAUGUUAUUACAGAACAUAAAAAUGUAUCUCCUUUAAUGGACACUGGAAAAAAGAUAGAAUCCCAACUGACUUCGGAGGUAUUAUCAGGUACAGAAGAAAUCACCCACUCAGAAGGUGAGGUUUUAAUCGAUAGAGAAGAUAAAGUAAUAUCAGAUGAUGAUACAGCAGUGGUAAAACAACAAAUUUUACAAUCGAAAGGCAUUGAAAAUGAAAGGAAUACUGAUAAAGUCCAAGAAGAAACUUCUCUACUUACGAAUACAACUCAGCCCGAUACCGUAACGAUAGUCGACCUUGCAAGUGAAAAAGAAAAUUACGGCACUUCUGUGACUCCUACUACAGAAGUAACCGCUAAAGAGAAAGAAAAUGAUGAUACAUUGCUUACACAAGUAUCAUCUAAUAUAUCUGAUUCUGACCAAGAAGCAAAAUAUUUUAUGUUAGGUGAUGAACAUGAACUAGUUAUUGAAAAUGUAAGUGCAUCUAUAACAGAGGAUGAUAAAGGAAAAUAUACAGAAAUGGUAACAGAAUCACAGUUGGUCUUAGAACCUAUAAUAAAUGAAGCGAUUCCAUCUGCUGGCACUGAAAAUCAAUUAGAAAAGAACAUUCAAUCAAGCGAUAAACCUGCAUUUAAUGAGGAUAAGCUAAAAACACAAGAAGAUUUACAUCUCUCUAGCACAACUGCUUCUGAAAUAACCACUGAAAAGGGAACCCAAGUAGCAGAGAAAGAUAUAAUUUUAACAUUAGCAGACACUGUUUCUACCGAAAACGUUUCUAUUUUCCCAUCUAUAAGUAAAAAGAGUGCAAAGAAACAAAAAGAAUCAAGUUCAAGUGUAAAAGUAAAAAGUGCAGAGAGCGACUCGUCUAAAAUAAUAAGCACAAGUGAAGAUAAACCAACCGAUACUAUUGAAAAAACAAUUUCGAAGGAAGAAAUUCAAAUUGACAUCGUAGAAGGAAAAGAAAACACAAGUAAACCUCUUGAUGUCCUUGAAAUAACUAACAAGAUAAAAAUGGAAACUCCAUCGAACAUGCUUCAGGCAAAGACAGAAGUUAUAAGUACUACUGAUGAAUACAUGGUACAAAAAACAGUUUCAGAUAUGAAAAUAUCUGAUGGAAGUGUAAAAGAAGUUAUCAACCCACAAUUGGAGCAAUGCGAAUUAAUGUCAGCAGUAGAAAAAUCAACAUUGAAAUUUGAAAACAUUGAUAAGGAACCAUGUACUAGUAAAAUUCUAGAGGAAACAAGUCUUUCAUGUACAUAUGUAGAUGCGGUUUCUUCGGAAGUUGAUAUAAAAACCAAUGAUAAUAUGUUACAAGAAACGGAAAAAACACAAGCAGAAUUAAAGCGUGAUAAAUCUGAUCUCGUAUUAGAAGAAUCUGAAACAACUUCAACUGUUAGCGGCGAUAUUAAUAAAGUAUCGAUGGAAGAUAUUGAAAAACCUAAUGUUAUUGAAAGUUUACCAUCCACAACUAAAUCUAUAGUAAACGAUAGUGUUCAACUCGAUGCCGAUCUUAAUAUACAAAAUGAUGUAUCUGACAGCAACAAAAAGUCUGUAAAAGAAUUAAAAAGUAAGAAAAAACGGAAAGAUCCAUUAGAGAUAUCUGAUAGUGACAGUAAGUCGGCUAAGGAAAAUGAACUUAUUUAUUCAAGUGAUAAAAAGGAAGGAGAAGAACCAACAAUUAAACGUGAAAGUAUGGCAGGUGAAAAAGUUUUAUCGACUGAAGAAAAAAAUAUUAUUUCUGACUCAAAAAUCACAGAUGAAAAAUGUCUUCAACAGGAUAUGACACAGCAACAAGAAAAAAAACUUCCACACACAGAAACAAAACGCAUGGAUGACGAACAGUCAAAACAGAAUCGUGAAGAAAUAAUUGCACAGGAUGAGAGAAAAGAAAUGAAAUCUUCGACGCCACAAGAAAAACUACAUCAAAGCACAGGUGACCACCUUAACUCAAAACAGAAAAAUGUAGAAAAAAUUGCUCAGCAUGAACUAAAAGAAGAUGAUGUUUUAGUGGGUCAAGAAAAGAUAUACCAAGAUGGUAACCAAAAGGACUUGGAAUUACGAAACAUGGAUGACGAAAAAUAUGAACAGGACAACAAAGGCGCAAAACCUGAACCAAAAGAAAAUGAUGUUUUAGUGGGUCAAGAAAAGAUAUUCCAAGAUGGUAACAAAAAGGACUUGGAGUUACAAAAUAAAGAUGACGAAAAUUAUGAACAGGCCAACAAAGGCGCAAAAGCAGUAUCAAUGGAUCAAAACGCUGAUUUAACUCGUUUAGAUGACGACCUAACAUUAAAACAGGAAAACGAAAAAAUAGAAAAAAGACUUAAAGAAAUGGAAGAAUUUGAAAAGAAACAAAAAGAGAGCAAAUUACAGGAAAAAAAAGAAAAGGCCGCUAAAAAAGCUGCAAGAAUAGAAGAAUUACAAAGAAAAAAGAAAGAAGAGCUACAGAAAAAAGAUGAAGCCCAACUUCAGGAACAAAAAGAUUUAGAAUUAAAACAAAUUGCAGAACAAAAAGAACAAUUACAAAAAGCAGCCGUUCUUGUAGACAAAGAAGAAGACGAGAAACAAACGAGUGUAAUAAAAAAAGAGAUUGUAAAUAAAGAAAAACACGAAGAAGAGCUUAAUGAAAUAGAACAAAAUCAAAAUCUGAAAUUAAGUUUAAAUGAGAGUAUAAAACAUCAACCAUUACAAAAAGAAGCAGAGCUAUCACAGUUAGAAAAUAAGACUCAUAGUUUAGCAUCUAAAAGUAUAGAAUCAACUGAUAAUCUGGACACAAAGAUGACACAUAAGUCAAUAGAAAAUACUUCUUCGGUACAGCCAAAAGAUGUACAGAGCAAGAUAGAAAUAGAAAAAGAUGAGGAAAGAACUAGUUCCAAAAAACGUGACGAAAUCACAAAAGAUAAUAAUCAUCAAGAUAAUAUUAUUUUAAAAUCAAGAAAAGAAAUUCAGGAUACGUCGAUGACAGACCGAAAAUCAAAGGAAGAAUCAGAAAUUACUUCCAAAGCAGUAGUUAAAAACGGGCACCAAGAUACAAAGGGCAAAAAAAUAGAGGAACAAAUCAAUAGAAAUCUAGAAAAGUCUAUGUCUAAAAAAGAAGUGAUUCAGGAAAAGAAGCAGGUUCUUGAAAAUCAAGUCAAACCGCGGUCUCAGGAUCAAAUGUAUAAGAAACAAGCUACUUCUGACAACUAUCACGAUGACUCCGUUACAAAACAGAAUGAAUCUGAGUUUAGAUUAGACUCCACUCAUAAUGGUGUGUACAGUAAACAUUCUACGCAUAGAACUGAGACUAGACAUAGGACGGAUAAAACAUCCCAUGAUCAGUCUCACAUAGAAAGUCAUAUUAAAACAGAACGCAUUUCAGUCGAUCAAAAACGCAUCGCAAAAGAUGAAAUUUCACACACGAGUGGGCGCAGAAGACCUACAGAUGAAAAAGAAAGGCCUAAGUUUGUAGAUCAUAGCCAUAGGGACUAUACAAUGGAAUUCGCCCGCCCUUCUGGCUAUAGAGAGAGACUUACAGAGACGAGCUGCUUAGGGUCCGAUACUACUGCUUUUGACCGUCGCAGUGCCGGUACACCAAUAUACAAAGUUACUAGCCUAGUCCAAGAAGCUCAAUUGCGAUCUUCGCUACCACCAUCGCCAGUUUUUAGAAGAAGUGCCGAGCCAUCAGAAGUAAAACCUGAAGUUCGGCAUCGAACUAAAGCUGCUAGUGAAGCCAGAAGUAUUCUUACGGAAAAACGAUCAGGAACAAGAGAUUCAAAACGAAAACCAGUGUUUUCCACACACCUAACAGACAGAACUGCUGUAGAAGGAUCUCGCGUGAAACUUACUUGCAGCAUCCUGUCUUCGUCCGAUCCUAAGGUUACCUGGUUCCAAAAUGGAGUUGUGAUUACCAAUAAAUUGAAGUAUAAAACUAAAAUAACGGAGGGCUUAAUAACCUUAGAAGUGCUCAAUGCAGUACCGAGUGAUUCCGCUGAAUAUUGUUGUACAGCAGAAAAUGAAAAUGGCUCUGUGAGCACGUCCGCCAAUCUUAAAGUAUAUCCUAGUUUUGAGGCGUCUCCUAUUCCUCCAACGUUUACUCGUUCGAUUAGAGAUACGUAUCAUUUAGCGGAGAAUGAGCUAGUUUUGGAAUGCCGAAUACGUGGACAGCCGCUUCCAACCAUAUCUUGGCUUAAAGAUGACAAGAAAAUUGAAAACAAUGAACGCUACCAAUCUUACUACUUAGCCGACGGUGUGUGUCGAUUAGCAAUUUGCUGCCCUACGACACAGGAUAGUGGAAAAUAUACAUGUAAAGCUGAAAAUUCAGUGUGGUCUGACCAAAUAACACAUGUUGUUAAUUUCACAGGUAGAGAACGCCUUCUUAGUCCCAACAUUACAACAGUGGAAAGAUCUCGAUUUAGUAGACAAGGAAUGGAAUUCCGGAGGCCGCACUUUGCUAACGUAUUGAGCGACCACACCGUGUCUAAAGGUGGAACUAUUGGCCUUCAAGUAGAAAUCAGGGGAGAUCCAAGCAAGGUUGAGUGGCUACGUGAGGGGCGUCCUGUUACAGAGCAAUAUCGAAAUGCUAGUGCUUUCGUGGAACAUGGACUUUACACAUUAGCUUUGACUGAUGUCACAGAAAAAGAGUCUGGAACGUAUACGUGCAGGGCUUGGAGCAGUCAUGGCACGGUAGAUAUGAACGCCGCAAUCACGGUAGUCCAGCCGAGUGAUAUCGAUGGUAAACCAGCCAUCAUUGCCGGCCGCCCAGAGAAAGACAUUCUUAUAUCUGUCGGAGAGGAUGUCAACAUUUCAUUCAGAGUGCAGGGUGAACCUAAACCAAAAGUUGUCUUCAUGAAGGGUACUCGAGAUAUAACGAACAGUCAGCGAGUGUGCAAGAUGACUUCUGAUGACUAUGUCAAGUUCACGUUGAAGAGGUCUGUGGUAUCGGACGCCGGGACGUACUGUGUGCUGGCGAGGAACGCAUACGGCUGCGACAGGGCUUUCGUCACCGUGGUUGUAAGACAACGGGCCUCUUCUGACAAUUUAAUAUCUGACUGGACGUAUCCUCUGGAUGAAUCUUCCGUAUCGUAUUCAGAUAAAGGAUACAAAUCGGUGCCGGAUCGCAUCCCGGGGGAGCCGACCGUGGUCGAGGGCGGAAACAACUGGCUGUCGCUCACCUGGCCCAAGCCUGACCCUCAAGAAGCGGCCCCGGUCCUAGCGUACAAAGUCGAGGGCUGGCUGCUCGGCAAGGAGGGCGGCGCGCGCUGGGCCGAGCUCGGCAUCACUCCGCUCAACUCCUACGACGUUUUCAACCUCAAGCAAGGUGAAGAAUACCACUUCCGUGUCACUCCGAAGAACAGGAACGGCUGGGGAGAACCCUCUCAGACGACCAACCCUAUAGCCGUCGGCUUAGGCGGCGAACGACCGGAGUUCCCCGAAGCGCUUCCGGGACAACACAAAGUGUUAGUGGGUCAGAAAGCCGAGUUGGCUUGCAGUGUUAUAGGGAAACCGACGCCGGAGAUAGUUUGGAUGAAGAACGGACAUGAAUUGGAGGAGGAAGCGGGAAGGGUGAAGACCUCGUUCAAUGGACACAACUGCGUCCUGUCCAUUCACGAAAUCCGCCCGGAUGAUGAUGGACACUACAGCUGUGAGGCCACUAACGAGCAUGGUCGGGCCUCCACUUACGCGAGGGUCGCCGUCGUCACCGAUAGAGUCAUUUGGGAGGCGGAUGUCAAGCUCAAGAGAGAGCGAUCGUCGUCAUCAGGCGACGGGGAGUACCCGCCUCAGUUCACGAUGCGUCUUCGGGACAGGCGCGUGCAGGCCACGUACCCCGUGCGGCUCACCUGCCAGGUGGUCGGGAAGCCCCCCCCAGCCGUCACCUGGUUCAAGGAUGGCGAGGAAGUGCCACGAGACGGCCGCCACACCAGGUCGCAAGACGAGUUGUUCCACACCCUGGAGAUUGAGAGGACCUGUCUGGAAGACGGGGGGGUGUACGAAGCAAUGGCCAGGAACAGCCGGGGGGCCGUCAGCUGCCAUUGCUCGCUGGUGGUAGACAAGGGCAUCAGGGCUUACGUUGCACCGGAGUUCUGCUGUGGAUUAGAUCCCGCCUACAGGGCUCAUGAGGGCGAGGAGCUGCGCGUGGCGGCGGUGGUGGAGGCGUACCCGUCGGUUGGCAUCGUGUGGUACCGCGAGGGAGUCCGGCUGAGGCCCAGCCGCCGCGCGGUCAUGACCCUCGACCGGGACGGCAUGGUCGAACUGGCUAUAGCAUGCAUCACGCCUAAGGACGCGGGGGUGUACUCUUGCACUGCGUCCAACGAAGUGGGCACAGCCACGACGUCCACACGGGUCGAGGUCAUCGCCGACGGCUCAGUCAGAGAGGAGAAGGUCACCCCGCCCGCCCUCAUCAGUCCCGACGUACCGUAUUCCACGGAGCCCAUGUUCAUAAGGAAACCUCGGUCCAGCGAGGCUCGCGAGGGGGACACCGUCAUCAUCGGCUGCGAGGUCAUCGGCGACCCCAAGCCCGACGUGUACUGGCUCAGGGACUUCUUGAAGCCGGACUACUACCGCGACGCGAUACACUUCAAGCGAGUGGGAGACGGGCCUGAAUACCGUCUGGAAAUCCCCCAUGCGAAGCUGGACUACACGGGGGCCUACUCCGUAGUCGCGACCAACGUCCACGGUGAAGCUAAGGCGAUUAUAUCGCUGCAGAUCCUAGCCAAAGAUCCGGAUUGCGCAGACGAUGCGCAUAGCGUCAGAUAUGGGCGUAUGGAUGUGAUCCCUCAGAUCAAGCGCGAGCUCCAGGACCUGCUGUGCUGCGACGGGGACACGGUCGAGUUCGAGUGCCAGUUCGAUGGCCAGCCCGAGCCUGAGAUCAAGUGGUACCGGUACAGUGAGCUGAUCCGUGACUCGGACAUGCACUGCCAGUACUUCGACGGCAGCACGGCUCGUCUGCGCAUCAGGAACGUCACUCCUGAUGAUGAGGGCAUGUACACCUGCAACGCGUCCAACAACCUCGGGAGCACCAACAGCACCGCAUGCCUCGUGGUCUAUCCUCCUGGUGAACCAAAUAUGAUGAGUUUGCGAUUGCAAAGGCCAGCAAACCUCUCCGCCGUAUCAACGCCUAGAUCCACUCCAAGGCAGACACCAUCGCGAUCAGAAUCCAUGACCCCCAUACGAGUGUUGGGACCUCAACCCACUCACAGCCAAGUCAUGCCAAUGCCACCCAAGUUCAUCACGGUCCUCAACAACAAGCUGGUGACGGAAGGGCAAGACGUCGAGUUCCACUGCACCGUGUGGGGACACCCGGCCCCCUGGGUGUCCUGGGACAAAGACGGCAGUAAACUCUCAAACUCGUUCAGAAUCAGAUUGAAGGAGAAAAACGAUGUAAAGAUACUUCAAAUCGACAACGCGGUGCCAGAGGAUGCCGGCAUGUACCGGAUCACUAUAGAGAACGAGCACGGCAUGCUCCAGUCUUAUGCUCGGCUUGACGUGAUGACAACCACAGGCAAAUACAUCGUAGGCGUCAACAGAACCUCUGCCGCAAGCAGCUCCAAAAUGACAACCAAGAAAUCAACAGUCAGACAAACCGAUUUCUCCAAGUGGACAUCAGGCCAAAAGAACUACAGCCAUUCCGGUCCAACCGACGAAACAGAAAAUGUUGACGGUGCAUUGGAUCUAUCUAUGCCGACGUCAGAGAGAAACAAUACCGAGAAUACUUUUGUAGAGCAUAGCAAGUCAAAAUGUGUGAACCAACAUUUGGUAUGUCCCCCGUAUUGUCCUCCUAACGUACCGUCAAGUAGAAACCCGAGCUCAUGUUUGCCACAGGAGAGCCAACUUGCGGCAGCAGUGAUGGGGAUUCAGGGGCCAGUAGUUACAGUUGAGACACAGACCUCCUUUAAGGUACCAAAUCCGGUGAAGCAAAUGCCGAAAUGGCCGCGCAUGCGCGUGGUGAAGCUGCCACACAAGUCCAUCCAACAGGACCAGAUGGCCACUCGUCUGAAGCCAAAACUUCCACAUCAGAAAAUGCAACGACAGAUCACCGAAGCGAAUAAAUUAGAAGUAGAACAAGUCACAAUGUAUGGUUCUAAUGGGAAUUGGGCUUCGAAUUCUAUUAAUAUGUGGGACGUUCUACAGAAAUUAAAUUAUAUUGGAUAGAGCUGAAGCUGAGCGCAUAGUGUUGGAGCCCCUUGCUGAGCGUAUUAUAUAGGAGCCCCUUCAUAUAACCUUACUUGCAUUUUAAUUUUCGUUGGUUUGUAGUAUAAUUUAUAAUAAUUAUUAAUUGCUUAAGAUAUAGUUUUUUUUUGUUAAAUUUGCUUCAUGUUAAGUUUUGUUUUUUUUUUGUUUAGAAAAAGUUUUUUUUUUAACUUUAACUUGUUUAAUACCAAAGGCAAAUCCUAGAUAGAACGUCCCAUGAUUAUUAUUAUAGCCUCUGGGUUCUGUUGUAUAAUAAACGAAAGUAAUAUUU